UAACAGAGACCACAGAGGGCUCAACGGCACGGCAGAGUUACACCAAGCACCCAAAUACAACUCAUGCUACCAUACCAUUUUUGACACCAGCAACGUUACACUGGAUUGCAACUCUUAUCAUCCCCAGCGUUGGGGCGCCCACUUUGUCACUAACUCACAUCCCUGCCAAAGUCACUUAA